AUGUUGAGGACUCAUUUCAAGAUCAAGGACUUGGGGGAGAUGAGAUACUUCCUUGGUCUUGAAAUAGCAAGGAACAAAGAUGGUAUUAUGGUGAGUCAAAGGAAAUUUGCCUUGGAUCUUAUCUCAGAUUUUGGCCUUGCAGGCACCAAACCAGCUAGCACACCCUUGGAAGUUAAUCAAAGGUUCACUAGUCAAGAUUUUGACAUGAGUUGUGAAGCUCAGGAUGCACAUGAAGAUGUAGCUCUUAGUGAUCCAGCAGGCUAUCAGAAACUGGUUGGUAAGCUAUUGUAUCUCACUAUGACAAGGCCGGAUAUUAGUUAUGCAGUGCAGAACCUUAGCCAAUUCAUGCAUAAACCUAAGAAGUCACAUAUGGAGGGUGCAUUAAGAGUAAUAAGAUACUUAAAAAAUGCACCAGGCCUGGGAAUUAUGCUAACAUCAAAGAUAUGCAAACAACUUUCAGUUUACUGUGAUGCUGAUUGGGCUACAUGUCCUAUGACAAGAAGAUCUGUUAGUGGUUUUGUGGUGAAAAUUGGAGAUUCAUUGAUCUCAUGGAAGUCGAAGAAACAGAAUACUGUAUCAAGAAGCUCUGCUGAAGCAGAAUAUAGAAGCAUGGCUAAUGCUGUAUCAGAAGUUGUGUGGUUGAUAGGCCUAUACAAAGAGCUGAAGGUAGAGUUAGAACUACCAGUUAGGUUGUUUGUGAUAGCAAAGCAUCACUCCAAAUUGCUGCUAAUCCUAUCUAUCACGAAAGAACUAAGCAUAUAG